AGUGACUUUGACACAAAGGCCUCUGCUGUGAUGCUCACACCUCUGAUCAAGUCUCACAGUGUCAGCUUGGUUUUAUACACAGACACAAAAUAUGGAGAUGAACUGAUAACUGAUCAGAAUUAGAAUAUUUCUGACUGACUGAGUGAAAACUGAAUCGAAUCAAAGUGAAUCGAUACCCAGCCCUGGCCUCGAGGGUCAGCUGUGGUAAACAGCCCUGUGAUUGGCUGGUGACCUGUGCAGGUGUGGCUAAGAACAGGUGGGCCGUUUAAGUCCAUCCUGGUGCUGCUUCAUCAUCAGUGGUUUGUUUCUCUGAGGUGAGCAGGUGUGGGCUUUAUACUUCAGACGUCAUGCGGACGAUUUGGUUUUUAUCAGGAUUCCUCCGAAACUUGCCGAUGGAUUUGUUUUACAUGUUCCGGAGACGAUGAACUUUGUCUGGCUCUGGAUCAGGGAAUUUUUGGAAGCGUUCUUUCAGACAGAGACUGGACUUUUGGAUCAGCUGCUCUCUGAAUGUUUUACAGUGUAGAUGUGCAGAUGUUUCCAGAUGUUGGCGGAGCGAUGCUUUGAUCCUGACGGGAAUGAAAUCAGCUGAAGCUCAGAGUGAAGAUGAGUUUGUUUGAAAUGAUCUGAUCACAGAUGAAUCGCCUCAGGCUCGCUGCUCGGCCUCUGAUGAAGAGGAGUGGUGCGUCCUCGCUUUGAGAGUGAUGAAGGAGCAGCACGAUGGCGGAGUCGGCGGAGCUGUUCACAGAGCAGGAGCUCACCUGCUCCAUCUGCCUCGACCUGUUCACCGACCCCGUCUCCACCCCCUGCGGACAUAACUUCUGCCAGGCGUGUAUCGGUGGUUACUGGGCGUCCAGUGCCGUGUCCACUUGUCCACUGUGCAAACAUCAGUUUGAAGGACGUCCUCAGCUCAGCAUCAACAAAGUCUUCGCUCAGAUCGCAGAAAAGUACAAACAGACUCACUAUGCACCGUUACCGUCGCCCUUCGGUAAUGGGGCGCCCGGCGCCGCGAUGGCAGGCGCCAUGAACACCAACCCCUUCCUGACGCCUGAGCCAUCAGUAGCUCAGGCGAACGGGGACGUAGUGUGGUGCGACGUUUGUACGGGAAUCAAACAGCCCGCCGUCAGCUCCUGUCUCACCUGCACCGCCUCCUACUGCACUGAGCACGUGCAGCCACAUCACACCACGCCAUUCUACGCCAAACACCCCCUGAUGGACCCCCAGGAGGCCCUGAGGGGCCGCACCUGCUCCGUCCACCGGCGCCUGAUGGAGGUGUACUGCAGGACGUGUGAGAGCUGCAUCUGUGCCAUCUGCGUGCUGGAGGAACAUCGGAUGCAUAAAACUGUCUCCGUGCAAACUGAGAGGCUCAGCAAGCAGAAACAGGUGUCCAGGACGGAGCAGGAGAUCCUGAACCGGAUCAAGGAGAAGGAGAUCCGUGUGACGGAGCUGAAGAAGAAGCUGGACAGCCUGCAGAGCUAUGCUGACAGAGAGCGCAGCGAGGUUGAACACCUGCUGAAUGACCUGUCCGGCUCGUUGGACCAGAUCCGGUCUCAUGUGGUGGGCGGGAUCGUGACCCAGCUGGAUACUGUGAUGACAAAGGGGGAGGGGAUGGUGAACCGCCUGGAGGAGGAGCUUAGCCAGCUGACAGAGAGGAGAGCCGCGCUGGAGGCGCAGGCUACCAGUCAAGAUCACAUCGCCUUCCUGAAGACAUACGAGGCGACCACGGCUCCUCUGGCCGAGGAUCUGCAGGCCCAGGCGGAUGACGACUCGCAGCUGGUGCUCCACUUCCAUCUUGGCGAGGUGAAGCUCGCUUUGUCCGAGGUCAAGGAAAAGAUGGAGGAGAUCCGGACCGGGGAGAUCCGCUCGCGAGGACUGCGAGGACCCCGAGGAUCCCGAGCGGACUCCUUUUCAGCCGGUGACAUGAUGGCGGCCGAGAGCAUGCUCAGUCUGAGAGCCAGCACGGCCAGUCUCAGGAAGAGCCAGUGGUCCCUGAAAGACCUAAAGAAGAGCAAGCAGGUGUCAGGAUACAAGAAGGCCCGACUCUACAUGGAGGACGUGACGCUGAACCCGGUGACGGCGUAUCCCUUCCUGAUCCUGUCCGAGGACCGUAAGCAGGUGAAGAGAGGAGAGAAGCUGCAGUUCUACAGAAACAGCCCGCACAGGUUCGACGUCUGGUCCUGCGUCCUCGCCAAGGAGGGAUUCAGCUCCGGGCGCCACUACUGGGAGGUGUGCGUCGGGGAGAAUAAAGACUGGAAGCUGGGCGUGGUCAGCGAGUCGGCUCAGAGGAAGGGUCUGUUCGAUAUGUGCCCGUCUCACGGAUACUACGCCAUCUGGUGGAGCAGCAGCCAGCUGAGGGCGCUCACCACGCCGCCGCUCACCAAGGUCAAAGGUCACCACCCCAAGCUGCGACAGGUGGGUGUGUUCCUGGACAUGGAGGAGGGUCAGGUGUCCCUUUACAACGUCAAGUCGGGCUCAGAGAUCUACAGCUUCCACACAUCCACUGAGUUCACCGAGAGGAUGUUUCCUCUGCUGGGGACCGGAGACAAAGAAGUCCCCCUGAUCCUCCUCACCACGCUGCAGCACCCGGCCUGAGGGACUGGGACCAGAACCGGGACCAACCAGAGGGUCAAUGCUGAGCGAACUAAGAGCAGAGGAACUGCAGGUGGAGUCGAAUCGUCCUCACGUUGAUCUCCAGACUCUGCUGUGAGACUUGAAACAACAAAGGAUGUUUGUCUCGUUUUGUCCCCGUUAGAUCCUGACAGGCGAUGGUUUUGUAAUAUUGAUCACUGAAGAACGAUGUGCUCUUACAGCCAGAGCUGCUUCUUAAAUUUGUAAAUAUGGUCAUAAAAAUACAUCAAAUGAAUCGAGGGAACCAACUUUUUUUUUUAACAAUUAAAAUGAUACAAAGAAGUUUUCACUUUGUGUAACCAGUUUGUUUUUGUAUAACCAGUUUGUUUUUGUAACGCUGUGAAACUAAAAGAUUAGUAACACUAAACCUUUACUGAGAUUUUGUGAAACACUAAACAUGAAAUUAUUAAACUCAAAGCAAAUAUUUGAUGUCAUGAAUAUGUCACGUUUAAUGUAACAGCUUAUCGAACAAUAGUUAAAUUCUGUUUUCAUAUUUUUUCUAAAUGUGUUGCCUUUUUUUGGCAACAUAUUGGCAACCUUCUUUUCGGGGGGCGGGCGCAGCAGCUUCUAGUGGACGUCAGAGGAACUGCAGCCAUGGUGAUGGUUAAUAACUGACAGUUAAAUUAUUUUAUGAAAAACAAACGUUUCAGCGUGACCUCGGAUUUUUGCCAGACGUCCGUGUACUGUAAAGCUUGUUUUUCCAGUAGAUUCUGAGAAGUGUCGAAUAAUGUUGGAAAUAAAAGUGAACUUGUUAAAUAAAGAAAAGAAAAAUUGAGGUUGUUGACGU